UAUAAAACACGCUUCUGAACUCUUCUCUCUCAUCUUGUCUUCUUCGUUCUUCUUCACCCUACCUGCAAAUUCAAAUAGAAUCUGAGUCUUAUCAGUUCAGAACAAAACGAGGUGAUUUACAUUCAAUAGUUCUUCAAUCUUCAGUAAUUUUUCACUACUCCCUUGCUUUUAAUCGUUGGUUAGACAGUAGUUCUAUCAUUUCAACCGUCAAUAUGUCACAACCCCAUUUGCAUGAGACAAGGAAUGGUAUGGGGAAUUGGGCUGAACUUUCUAGUGACAUUCUAGGAGUGAUUGUGGAUCAGUUUUCGGCAAUCGAAGAUAUUUCUCAUUUUGGUGAUGUUUGUCGGUCAUGGCGAUCAGUUUCAAUCGACAAAUGGCACUUCUCUAUUGUUGAUCCCUGGCUAAUGCUUGCAGAGAAGGAAGACGAUGAUAAUCGUGGCUUUUACAGUCUCUCCACCAAAAAGGUUUACAACUUGAACUUGCCAGAGACCCAUGGUAGGAAGUGUUGGUCCUCCUACGGUUGGUUGAUAACUCUAGGGCUUGAUUUGGAGAUUUAUUUAUUAAACCCCUUUUCUCGAUCUCGGGUUUCAAUUCGGCUUCCACAUCAAUCAACUCUCCCCAAUCAAUACAACCCUGGAGUAGAACGAGAAUAUAUCCGUCGGGUUUUUAUACGUAAAGUGGUAUUGUCCUCGAGACCAUCUAAAAGAACCACCCAUUGUGAAGAUGAGGGAAAAUGCUUGGUUAUGGGGAUAUUUUCCCAAUGGAGGAAAUUAGCCUUUUUGAGAUUGGGAGAUGAAGUUUGGACUCCUGUAUACACUCCUAAAGGUACAGGUAUUAAUGAUGUCGUCUACUUGAAUGGUCAAUUUUAUGCCAUCGCUGAUGGAGGAAAAUUGGUAAUUGUUGAUAUUUCCUGUCCUGAUCCAAAGACUAUUGAGAUUUCUGAACCACCAGAGGAUUAUGAUAUUUGUGCAAUGUCUUAUCUUGUGGAGUCAGAAGGAGAGUUGUUUUUGUUGGCACGGAUUUUAUAUUUGGGCUACGUACAACCACCAAAAGGGAAAAAGCAAUUUGUUCGUGAAACAGAUGGAUUUAAUGUUUACAAAUUCAAUUUUGAUGACAAGAAGUGGACAAAGGUGAAGAGCUUGGACAACCGUGCGUUCUUUGUUGGUACUAAUGCAUCUUUCGCCAUCUUCCCUACUAACCAUUCAGGAUGCGAAUCUAAUUGUAUCUACUACACUGAUGACGACACAUAUAGUCUUAUGACAGAUAGUUCUAUUAAAGGAGGAGCUGGUAAAGACAUGGGAGUAUUUCGAAUGGAGACUGAGGAAUUAGAUGAUCACUAUGAUGGCCCUAAUAUCCGAACUUAUAUUUGUGCACCUUUUUGGAUUUGUCCUUCCCCAUAAAGGAUAGUUUGUGGUUAUUUAUUUUUUAUUUAUGAAUAUUGGUUAUUUAAUUUUUUAUUUAUGACUUUUG